GCUGCCCUGUCCUAUGCGAGGCGAGCUCGGAAGAAGCUCUGAGCAGAGUUGCGUUCAUCCUCAGGUGCUUCCUAGUUGAUCGUUGGAGCCCUCAAGCAACAUGCCAGAGCAGAGCAACGAUUACCGGGUGGCCGUGUUCGGCGCAGGUGGUGUUGGCAAGAGCUCUCUGGUCUUGCGGUUUGUGAAAGGUACAUUCCGGGAGAGCUACAUCCCCACUGUGGAAGACACCUACCGGCAGGUCAUCAGCUGUGACAAGAGCAUCUGCACCCUGCAGAUCACGGACACCACGGGCAGCCACCAGUUCCCUGCCAUGCAGCGGCUGUCCAUCUCCAAAGGGCAUGCCUUCAUUCUGGUCUACUCCAUCACCAGCCGGCAGUCCUUGGAGGAGCUCAAACCCAUCUAUGAACAAAUCUGUGAGAUCAAAGGGGAUGUGGAGAGCAUCCCCAUCAUGCUGGUGGGGAACAAGUGUGACGAGAGCCCGAACCGCGAGGUGGAGAGCAGCGAGGCCGAGGCGCUGGCCCGCAAGUGGAAGUGCGCCUUCAUGGAGACCUCGGCUAAGCUCAACCACAACGUGAAGGAGCUCUUCCAGGAGCUGCUCAACCUGGAGAAGCGCAGGACCGUGAGCCUCCAGAUCGACGGGAAAAAGAGCAAGCAGCAGAAGAGGAAAGAAAAGCUCAAGGGCAAGUGCGUGAUCAUGUGAACUCCCUCCCGUGGGAGCAGCAAUUGUGUGUCUCCCUCUCCUCCCCUCCCCCUCCACGUGAAACCCACAGUCGUCAGGGUAGCAUGUCAGA